AGAGAGGUUGGUGUUAGCUACUGGCGAGGCGCCGUGAGGUGACGGGCAGGGCAGAGCCGAGGGCAGACGAGGCACCAAGGCAUGCACCCACUCUGGCCCAAUGGGCGGGGUGGCAAAAAGGGAUGGAGGGGCAGAGCUGGCAGGGUGCGGUCUCUGUCGAGUGGCAGCUGAUCCUGGAUCACUUCAAUUCCCAAUUCAACUGGAAAGCCGCGUGGCCGCAGAGCGGCAGUUGGACAGGACGAGGCAAGAACUCACGUCAGCGCUUCUUUUGACAGCUCCUCUAUUCACGACAGUUCGACUUUGAACCUGUUUGUUUAAAUAAACGGACUUUACAACUCAUGGUCAUAUCCGCGUGUAGACGGGGAAUGACAAGCUCCGCGGCUUCCAGCCACCGGACUCCAGAGAAGUUGGUCUUUUCCCCGGGACCCAAACAACGCACGCGGCUAAAUGCAUGUCUUCUUGGCACACGCCGGCAGCAAUUUCUCGCACGGAUAAUGGCGUAGAUAAAUCAGAUAAAAUACAGAUUAUUUGUUCCCCCCACCCCCUAUGCUUUAAAACGUGGGGGGCUGUGAAGUAUCCAGGGGGAGGGGGUAGCCUGGAACGCAAAGGCGACCUGUGCCACCUUACCACUCCGUCCCGGAGUGCCCGUCUGACGGGGUGGGAUGCGGCUCUCCGUGACCGUUGGUUUCCUCAUCGGCUGCGCCCUGUUUCUCGCACCUGUGACCGAGGGCUGUGGGCCGGGGAGGGGGUACGGCAAGAGACGUCCGCCAAAGAAGCUGACACCUCUCGCUUACAAGCAGUUUAGUCCGAAUGUCGCGGAGAAAACACUGGGAGCGAGUGGCAGAUACGAGGGGAAAAUUACCAGGAAUUCCGAUCGAUUUAAAGAACUUACGCCGAACUAUAACACGGACAUUAUAUUCAAAGAUGAAGAGAACACGGCUGCGGACAGAUUAAUGACCCAGCGCUGCAAGGACAAGCUGAACGCCCUGGCCAUCUCGGUGAUGAACAUGUGGCCCGGUGUGAAGCUGCGGGUGACAGAAGGCUGGGACGAGGACGGUCACCACUCGGAGGAAUCCCUGCACUACGAGGGGCGCGCGGUGGACAUCACCACCUCCGACCGCGACCGAAACAAGUACGCCAUGCUGUCCCGGUUGGCCGUGGAGGCCGGUUUUGACUGGGUCUACUACGAGUCCAAAGGCCACGUGCACUGCAGCGUCAAGUCAGAACACUCAGUAGCAGCUAAGACAGGGGGAUGUUUCCCCGGCGCGGCGCUGGUGUUCCUGGAGGGCGGAGCCCGGAAGGAGGUGCGGCAGCUGCAUCCGGGCGACCGCGUCCUGGCGUCCUCGGGGGCGGACGGCGGCGGCCCUCUCGUCUACAGCCGCUUCCUGACCUUCCUGGACCGCGAGCCGGAGGCGAGGAAGCUGUACUACGCCAUCGGCACGGCGUCCGGCGCCGCACUCCGCCUCACCGCCGCCCACCUGCUGUUUGUGGCGCCCGGGAACUGCUCGGGCGUGGCCGCGGAGGGGUUGAGGACGGUCUACGCUAGCGACGUGCGACCCGGACACUGUGUUUUGACCACCCAGGGGGGGGUGGAGGCCGGGGCUGGGGCUGGGGUGGAGGCCGGGGCUGGGGCUGGGGUGGAGGCUCGUCUGUCAGCCGUCACCUGGGUGGAGCUGAGGGAGGAGUCGGGGGCGUACGCCCCUCUGACGCAGCACGGCUCCCUGGUGGUGGACGGGGUGUUGGCGUCCUGCUACGCUGCUGUGGACCAGCCCCGCCUGGCCCACUGGGCCCUGGGGCCCCUCCGUCUGCUUUACUCCUGGACCAGCCCUGGGGAGGCCCUCGGGGCCGGCGUGCACUGGUACCCCCAGGUCCUGCUACGGAUAGGAACUCUGCUGCUGGGGCAGGAACACUUCCACCCCUGGGGGGUAGGGGGCGCCACCCACGGAGACCACAGGACCACAGGAGAGGAGAGACAGAGGGGGGAGAUGGAGGGACUGGACAGGAUGAGGAGGUGUGGAGAGUGAUGGAGUGAUGGAGAGAGAGAGAGGAUCAA